AAUUGUGCGUGAUUUUGAAUAAAUUAAAAAGUAAUGUGUUAUUUACAUGAAAUUUUUCAGCGUUUAUCAGUUGUAGUCGUUUAAAACCUUCAGUUGUAGAACUCUUAUUAAAAAUCCUUCGUGUGAAGUAACCUUUUAUAAGUUGUGAAAUGUCAUAAUUUUAAUAAAUUAAAUUCAAAAUUAAAACAAAUAAAUAAAAUGAAAUGUGUUAUAGUUCUCUAGCAAAAACCGUUUCAUCAAUACCGCGUAUCGGACAAACACGGAGAGAGGAAUUUACAAAAAGAAUAGUAUGCACGAUUUGUAGUCCGCAUGCGCGCAUUUAUUAAUAGUUCAUUUCAGUAUCAAAUUUCUGUAGAAGAAAAUUUUCAGUCUCAUCUUUAGUGAGGAGGGGUGUAGUUGUUGUUGGUGAAAGUGUUAUUUUGUGGAAAACAAGAAUACACAACACAGGAUGGCAGAUACUGUGAAAAAAUCUAGAAUAGUAAGUGAAGAAGAAGAGAAUCUUGAAGAAGCUUUGUUGGAAGAAUUUAACAUGAGACUAAAAAACUGCAUGAGUAAAGACGAUCUUCAAGAGGCGGAUCAGUAUCCGGAAGAAAAUUUCUACGAAAAUAUCAGCAAUAACAUUCGCCCAAUGUCGAAAAUCGCGUUAAUCAGCAACGAUUUCAUCGAAAACGAACGACAACAUUAUUACGACACCCCCGCUAUAACAUUCGAUAUAAAAAACGGCGAUUCUUCCGAAGACCGAAACGAUAUUGAAGAAGAACCGGAGCAUUUGUACGAAACGUUACCCGAACCAACUAAGACUGAAAUGACGGACCAAAAUGUCGAAAAAACCGCACCCGAAACGCUUAAUCUUAAUUUAAAUCCCGAGAUCGAAAUGGAUUUCACCGAUGAAUACGAAAUGGUAGAAAAUGAUAAACCGACGUUUAGUUUGAAUACGACGGAUUUUUCAGAUAUUAAAACUCAAGAAGAUAACGUUAAAUCUGUUAAGGAUCGUAUGCUAUUAACGUCAGACGACGCUGCGACGCUUCUAUUUACUCAAACAGUCACUUCUCCUAUGUUAACCCCUUCCGAAGAAAACAUCGACUUCCUUAAAGGCUUCCAAAGAGAAAAUACGGAAACUUCCGAAGAAUCCAACGAUUCUCCACCGAAAGAAGAAGAAAUUUCAAAUAACGAUAUCGAUAACGUUAAAGAAAACAUUUACGAAAAUUUAAAACAACCAAUGGAAGAAAAUAUUUACGAAAAUCUUAAAGAUGUAAAAGAUAAAGUAGAAGAAUUAGAGGAAGAGCAUAUAUAUCAAGAUAUCGACGAUGAUCCAAAAGAUAUUUACGAACCAGUCGAUGUUCCAUCUAAAACAAACGUAGAAGAAGACGUAAUGAUCGAGAAUAUUUUAUAUAAUGAAGUUGAUAACGAAGAGGAAGCUAAAAUAAUCGUCACUGAUCUCGACGCUAGCGAAAAUAGCGUUAACGAUUACGAAUUCGUCUCGGAUAGCGGCACGAAACUAAUAGAAGAAACCGUCACCAUAGAAGAAUCCAUCGAAGAAUUUAAAAAAGAAGAAAAUCUCGUCGAAUACGAAGAAUCGUCGUUCGAAGAUAAAAUUAAAGAGACUUAUACGGAAUUUUUGUAUCACAGUAAAACCGAGAAUAAUUAUUACGAAAAAUACGCGGAGGUGAUGUCGAAAAAUGUGAAAGUUAAUAAUAGAGAGAAAGAUACGGAAACAGUUCCGCCGGAAAUCGUUAAAAAUUUAAAAAGUCAAUUCCAAAAAGGAGACGGCGACGUUAAUGCGAAUCAAAAAAAGGAAAUCGAGGAUGCUAGUCAAUUGAAGAUGGUCAAUAUCAUUAAACAGAUCAACAAAUUCGAAUUGAAAGAUACUCAAGAAGACGAUGACGACGAUGAUAGCACCGUUACCGAAACCUACACGGAAACAACAACCAUCCAAUCGGAUGUACCCGAAGAAAAAGUUUUGAAGAAAAAGAAAACCAAAAAAUCGAGGAAAGAAGAAAAAGAAAAUAUUUCCGUGACCAAUGUUGAGGUAGUAAAUGAGGACUAUUGCUAUAACGUUAAUGUUAAGAACUUGUGUAGAAGUUUUGGAGAUCUUACCAAAGUUCCUGAAGAAAUUCAUCGAGCUCCGGACAUCAAAUAUAGCGGGCGAUCUAAAUCAAUGAUUGACGUAUUGCUUUCAUCUAACAAAAAAAAUAUCGAGAAUGUCUUUUCUGAAGUCUCUGUGAGGGCAUUGAAAGAAAAGUUUAACAUCGUGGAGAACAGAGAUCCUUUGGGUAUUGUAAAACCGUCUUUCAAAAACAUGCUACCGAAAUCCAGCUUUAGUAAAUUCGAUGCUCUCCAAAAGAAAAAUGUACUACACAUUAGAUCAUCGGAUUCCUCCAAAGCUCAAGAAAAAUUCAACGGUACCCAAAUCGAUACGACUAAUUGCAAAGCUUGUUCGAAACAAGUUUUUCAAAUGGAACAAAUCAAAGCCGAAAAGGCGGUUUGGCACAAAAACUGUUUCAGGUGCACCGAAUGUAGUAAACAAUUAACGGUUGAAACGUAUGUGAGUCACGAGGGUAACCUGUACUGCAAACCCCAUUUCAAGUCGCUAUUUGCACCUAAAGUUGUCGAAGAUGAUACUCCAACAAGACCAAGAAAACCCGAAUUGAUAAUUCGGGAGAAUCAACCAGUCGAAUUACCUCCAGACGUAGUAAGAGCGAGUGACAAACCUGAUUUGGGUCUUGAGGAAUUACAAAGUUUAAACGUCAAAGAGAGAUUCCAAGUUUUUCAACAACAUCAAACAGAAACGGAUUCCGACAGGAAUCUCACGCCCGUCAACGUCAAAAAAUCGCCAUCUAUAUUAUCGAAACUCGCAAGAUUCCAGGCUAAAGGUAUGGACGUGGGCGUGACGGACGAAGCCUUAAACGGUAUCCCUAUAGAAGAAUCUUCCACCGAAGAAGAUGAAGACGAAGAAGACGUACCAGACGGAGAAGAUCCCACCUUGUAUAGGGCUAAGAAGGUGCAACGAGAGAAACCUUUCCACUUUACCAAUUUGAACGAAGUGAAAAAUAAAUGGGAACAAGGAGAACAGACGUCCAGAGACGAAAGGCGAGAAGAGAGGAAACAGGAAAUCCAAUCUAUUAGGAAUAAAUUAUUUUUGGGUAAACAAGGUAAAAUGAAAGAGGCUUACCAACAAGCGGUCAUGCAAUCGGAAUCUUGCGCGAAUCUAACUAAAGCGGAAAAAAUCGAAUCGUGCGAUACGAAAUCACUCAAAGAGAGAUUCGAAAAAGGAGAACUGAUCAACGAUAAAGAAGAUAGGAACGGAGAUACAGAUGAAACUGAAGUUUUCCAAAGCGAAAUAAGUAAGAAGUCACGAUCUCUGUUCCUCGAGUUGGACGCGAACGCAGCGAAACAACCGCAAACGAUAGUGACCGUACCGAAAGUGGACGUGAAGAAAGUUAGAGAGGCCUAUAAGAAAUCCGUAUCCGAAGAUAUAGUCAGAUCGUCGGAAGUUGAAGAAACUAUCGAAGUAAAAACCGCCGAUAUUCAGCAACGUUUUAAGUUUUUCGAGACGUACAAAGAACCCGAAAAACAGAGGAAACAAUUUAGAAUUACUCCUCCUAGAGAUCCAUCUCAAGUGAAGAAUGAUACUCCUGAUAGAGAAAUCUAUCACGAUCCAGAAAUCAUCCGGUCCAAUGAAAACGUAGACGAUUCCGAGGUUGCCAAAGCUUCGCACACCGCAUCGAAAAUGCUCAGCAAAUUUCGAGAGAUGGAGGAGAAUCGUUCCAAAGAACCAGAAGCAAUAGGUCCUAAACCUUUGAAAAGAUUCACCCCUCCACCGGAGCCCGUAAGAUCGGAAAGUGAAAGCGAAGAAGGAUCUGCAAGCGAAGAUGAAAAUGAAGAAGACGAAGAAUAUAACCAAGGUGAUAACCAGAAGUUACCCGAAGAAUUGAUCGAAGCUCAGAAAGCUGCCAGAGCCAAACAGCUCAGGGCCAAGUUCGAAAAAUGGGAGGCGCAAGAAAUAAAAAGAGAACAAAAUCAGGCUAUCAAUAUAAUGGAGGAAUAUGGAGACGAUUCGCAAAUUGAAUCGACAAAAUCGUUGACGGCACGUUUUGAAUCAAUGAGGGAAACAAGUUCGGACAAAACAAGGACACCACGCGUUAAAGUUAAUAGAUUUGUGAAUUUGCAGUGAGGUGUCAAAGCUCUGUAGCGAACUCAGAGAAGAAUUACAUACCCAUAGAUAAAUAUUUCUACGGUUUAUAUAUGGCCAGAUGAAUUAAAAUUUGUUUUCCCCCCACAGAAUUUGCAGUAGGGUGUCAGUGUUCUGUAGCGAAUUCACAGUAGACUUACAUACCCAUAAACAAAUGUUUCUACGGUUUAUAUAACGAAUACGAAUUCAUCGAAUGGUUAAUUUAUAUUACAAGAAUUUUAUCUUUUCAGUGAACGACAAAAAAAAAUAACUAAUCGGAAUCGUCCAAAAUAUUUAAGCCUAAUUAAAUAAUCUACAAUUAGUUACUACUUACAAAUUUAUUCGCCUGCACAGUUCCCCUUCUUCCCAUUACUAAAUACCGUCAAGUUCUGAUUGCCCCCCCUGAUUUUUCGUGUCUUUUUAAGUGAAUUGUAAAUGUAAAUCUGCACAAUAGAAAUUGCCAAUAAAGGUCGUAUCUGAUAAAUCUUUUAAUUCAAAUUUUAUAUAUAUUUUUUAUUGUACUGUAUAAUACGUAGUUCUUUUUUUUGAGAUGUCAAAUGUUCGUUUACUUAUAUCAUGUUAAAUAAUAAUUUUUUUUUUGCUCCACAUUAAUUAUUUUUUCUAAUAGAAUAUCACGUUAUACUGAAAAUCGAUAUUAAAUUUUAUACAAACACUCUGUAUAUUUUCAAAAACUAGUUAUAUUGUUUUAAAUGUAAAAUAUAAAAUUUAACAUAACAAAUUUAAGAAGUUUUUUUUAAAUAUAAAAAAAUUAAGGGUGUUUUAAAAUUCAUUUUAAUUUCGUAUAAAUUAGAAGUUAAAAAAGCCCUUUGUUAACAAUUUUAAUAACUUCUAUUGAAAAAAAAAAAAAAUAAUUUAAGUAAACUGAAAUCAUUCAAUUCUCGAUUAUUGUAUUAUGACUAUCAAUUUUAUGAAAAUAUUUAAAAAUUAAUCCAAAAUAUAAAAAAAAGUCUUGUAAAAAUCAGUUUAAUCUUUAUUUUAUCUAUGAAAUCGUCUAAAUACUGAUAAUUACAAGAUUUUCUUCAAAAUCAAUUUUGGGAUAAAUUUGUUUUUUAUAAUAUUAUGUUUUUAUGUUGGUGUUGUCCUUUUUACGAUACAUUUGCAUAAGGAUAUUAUUCCAAUAUCAAUAUUAACAAAGGGCAGCUAUCAUAUAACUAAUUACGUCAUAGUAUUGUCAAAAUUUGUGUUAAUAACUUCGUCAUACUAAAUAACAAUCUUAUUGCAAGGUUAGAUUCGUCCUCUAUUUUUUUUGUCUCACUGCUAAAUAUUUUACUAUUUAGAUUUCUGGUCUAAUAAUGAGAAAAAAAGUAGAUUAUAUAUUAUAUAAUAAUAUUAGGUGUCAAAUCAGGGCCAUAUGGUGGAUUUUAAUCAUCUAAACUUUUAUUGUUAUUGUGAAUAAAUCGAUUCUUCUCUCACAUUUUGCUAAAUUUUCCAAUGGUUUCUGACAAACAAAUUAAUGUGUACAAUUCAAAUUUGACCAUCUUCAAGAAGUAUUGGGUACCAAAUAUGGGCCAUACGGUGGAUGGAGCUUCCAUUAUCAUUAUUCGUCUUCCUUCCACAUUUUACUAGUUCCUCCAAUGACUUUGGCGAACAAAACUAUUGUUUACAAUCGAAAAUUGACCGUCUUAGUUAGCUGGUGAUUCCAUAGAAACAUUUGCUUCCAUGAGCUUCUUCUGGAAACAACUUUUGUUAGAAUUGGUUCGUCUUGGAAGACCUACCAGUUUUCUCCAUCAAAUUAAUAUCCUUGUCCAUGUUUUUGAACCUAUUUUAGAAGCACUUUCUCCAUUUCAGCUUAGCUAACUCCAAAAUAUACGUUUUCAACAACAAAUAUACAUUUUAUUAAGUCGAAAAUUAUCACGCAGCUUGUGUGGGAAGUAAUAGGUGCCAAAUUAGGGCUAUGAGGUGGAUGGAGUCCAUUAUUAUCGUGAUUCGCCUUCGCUUUUACAUUUUACUAGUUCCUCCAAUGACUUCUGACAUACAAAAUCAUUGUUUAUAAUUCAAAGUUGACCAUCUUAGUUUGCUAGUGAUUCCAGAGAAACAGGCAACCAUUUGCUUCCGUGGGCUUCUUCUGGAAAUAACUUUUGCUAGAUUUGGUUCGUUUUGGAAAACCUAGACAGUUGAUACGUAAAUUUCAAUGCACCUAUCGCUUCGAGACUGCUUUUGAGUAUUGGUCAAGUUACACGAGCCACAAUAAUUUAUGUCGACGAUCACAGCAUCGAUGUUCUUAAGCCCAACGAGAAAUUUUCGAUGGCUUUCAAAUAUUUCGUUCUAUAGUGAACAUCCACCACGUAUAAUGUAUUCAGUUCACUAAUGCGUUUUUAUCGUGAUAACCUACUUCCAAAGUUUUGAAAAAUAAGUUUAAACGCCACUAAAUGAACUAAAACUAUGUUUGAGGUUAUGUUCAAAAAUGUAAAUUAUACACCGGAAAUGUCAGUGAUAGUCAUAAACAGUGUUGCCGACCGUUUGCUUCCUUUUCUUCUAAAUCGAGAUUAGGUUAGAUCGAAAUUUUUAUUUUUACUUUCCUUAUUCUUUUUUGGUGUAAUUAUAUGAAGUGAAAAUUCAAAGAGGAUCACGUGUCCUUGCAAAUGUAUCGUAAUAUAUUAAUAAAUAUUGUUGAAACAGGAGACUUGACGAAACCUAAACAGGUACUACGCAUUAGUGGCAACAACGCCAUUUUGAAAUAUCCGCGUUCCAUACAAUGAAACGUCAUUAUUAAUAAAUCGAAUCGAAAUACGACAUUUUGAGGUUAAGUUGAUGCUUAUGAGAAAUAAUUUUGGUACCAAAGUUUUUUAAUUAUAUUUUUGGAAGUUAUACUCCACUGGACAUUAUUGUUCGCAUUAUAACGGAAAGUUUAGAGAAAAUUAUAGGGAUAAAAAAAUUUGUUUAGAAUUAUGAAAAAAUAAAAUUUCUUAUAUAUAUUCUGUUUAACGUUCGUCAGGAUGUUCUGUAUAAACAUUUAAGAGGUUUUAGUGUAGAUUCGCGGACUGAGUACUAGAAAUAGUACAGGGAGGUGCAUUAGAGAAGAUUCGUAAUACGAAAAAAAUUGUAGAUAGGACCUUUAGAUUUAACAGGCAAUAAUAAUUCUAGAUGGUAAUUUUUCUAUUAAAUAUAUAACUAGAUAUUUUUUAUUAAGUUUUCCCUAUUUUAGUGCUUGUUUCAUAUUUUAAAGUGAUUAUUAUAUAUACUGAUAAUAAUUAGAAAUAAAAUAUUUUGUUGUACAUUCUCGUUUAUGUUGUAAAUGAGUAAUUGUUAGAUAUUUCGGUAAUUCUUGAAUCUGUGAAAUUAGAACCAAAAAAAAAAGAAAUCGUUCCGUCAAUGGAUAUAAUUAUUUUUUAGAUUACGAGAUUAUAAUUUUCGAUAAAUUAAUUUAUAUUUUAUUCGAAAUAUUUGUGCCAAUUUAUACUGAUGUUUGAGUGAAAAUAAAUUGAAUUUUUUAAUGUC